AUGGAAGCCCCGAAUUCACCCCGCGAACUCUCUCCUCCAGCCGUCGUCAUCUCUCCUGCCUUGGCGCAGCUGUCAAAUCGGAAGCGAAAACAUGCUGCGAUUUCCAGCACGGUCGCGUCUUCUCCAGCGCCCUCCGAUCCUGGCGCCACGCCGACACCUGGUGCUGAGAAUGUGGUGCUUACGUCGCGUCACACUGACCUUUCUACACGCCCCCGGCUCGACAUCUCCCGACACCCCGUGUUCGUGCCGCUCUACCCCGGGUCGUCGUACUUCAGUACCGAACCACUCUGUAAUAAUCGGCUAAAUUUCCGUUAUACACCCGCAGGACUGACUCCUGUUGGUUCGCUCGUGCCUUUCCGGACAAUUGAGACCGUUCCGACGUGUUCCCGUGUCUCAUGGGAGGACAGGAGCCCGUUCGUCCGCGUCACUCAGGACGGGCUUGGGCUGAAGGGUGAGAAGGGCUUCCGGAGCGCGCGCUGCAACGCGCCUAUACGGGAAGGGAAGUGGUAUAUGGAGGUAAAGGUUGAGAUUGGCGGAGGAGAGAAAGCACCAGAUUGCCAAUUGCGCGAGGGGAGCCAUAUCCGCCUUGGUUGGGGACGACGCGAGGCUCCCCUGAACGCGCCAGCAGGGUUAGAUGGCUACAGCUACGCAUACCGCGACAUGACCGGUGAGAAGGUGCACCUGUCACGUCUGCGCCCGUAUGGCAAGUCCUUCAAGUCCGGCGACGUGAUCGGGAUGUACAUUUCGCUCCCGUCGCCGCGCCGCCAGCCCGACCGUAAGGACCCGUACGACCCGGCGCGCAUCAAGCGUGAGCGGAUCGCGAUCGAGUUCAAAGGUCAGGAGUACUUCGAGUCGCUCGAAUACGCACAAUCGAAGGAGAUGAUCGCGCUCAUGGACGCACGCGACCGCGCGAAGGCGACGAACUCGAGCUCAAUGCCGUCAUCUGCGACGAAAAAGGCGGCGACGGUCAAGAACCUCCCAUCGGCGUCGCGCGGGAAGAGCACUGUACAGGAGCCGGCGCCCCUCCGCCCGCUGCCCACGCUGGGCCCGGACUCGCACAUCGCGUUCUUUGUGAAUGGCGAAUGCCAGGGCGUCGCGUUUCGGGAUCUCUUCGACUACCUCCCUCUGCGGAAUCCAGCGAACAAACAGCAGGAAAAGAAGAGGACGAACAAGGAAGGGCUGCGCGAGCACAAGGAGAAUUCAUUUGAUGAUGGCACGCUCGGGUACUAUCCAUUCAUAUCACUGUUUAAUGGAGCAAGAGUGCGAAUAAACUCCGGGCCUGACUUUGAAUUCAUGCCGCCCCCUGACAUCGAUGCUGUACUGUCGUCCUCUGAUGCGCAUGAUGCUGAUGUUAAGCCACAUGAAGCUAUGCGGACAUGGCGGCCAAUGUGCGAACGCUAUCCUGAGUUCAUGGCGGAGCAGUGGAAAAUGGACGAAGUCGAAUUUGCAGAGGCAGUGGGCACGCAGCAGGUAGGCGAAUUUCGGCUAUGUUCAACUUGCAUGUGUAAACUUAUAUGUAAAAGGGCACACAGAAACAACCACAAACAGAACAGACAGGACGGUCAAAGACGGAUGAAGCGAAGCAUCAAGCGUAUCUCGCGAAGAGGCGGGCACAAGCGGCCGCCCGAAAGCACAGGAAGCUCCAGCAAGCAAAAGAAGAGGCGGAGACCAAGCGGCGAAAGCUGGAGACCGAUGCAACCCCCAGUGGGGAGGCGAAGUCAAGCCCCGUCGACCGCCCGAGUGCUGAGCCGUCAGUUGCUUCGCCUGGGAAACCGGCGUUGCUGGACCCAUCCCCGUACGUCGGUCUGGGCAUCUCCAUAG